UCGGAACAUUGGAGACGAAAAAUGCGCACCCAAUUUAGGGCCUUCGACGUAAACGGUGAUGGUUACUUGACAAAAGAAGAUUUAGAGAUGAGCGCCAGGCGGAGUUCAGAGUACAUGAAGCUUGAUGAAGAAAACACUCAAAUUCUUCUGAGCCAACGCCUUACCUACUGGAGAGAUUCAAUUUCUAAAGAUUCGACAGGCAGAAAUAUAGAUAAAAUUUCCGAGGAUAAGUUUGUGGAGAAUCAGCUCGUCAACAUGAACGACAGCAAUUGUCGAGAAAUUUUGUUUGAUGCCAUUUGUUCAAGAUUUCAGAUGAUGGAUCUUGACGGCGAUGGGCUUAUUUCUCCAGAUGAACAUGCUGCUAUAUUCUACGGUUUCAACAUCCCUACUGAGCAUUCAAAGAAAGUAUUCGACAUCAUAGACAGCGACAGUGACGGCUUCAUUACCCAAGAAGAGUUCGUUCGCGCACUCACUGAAUUCGAUUUAACCGAAAAUCCUGACAACGAAUACAACGAGUGCUACAGUCCGCUCGUUGACAAUGAAAAUUGA